AUGACGAUAUCGAUCUGACCAUUGGGUAGCACAGGUCGGCGCGUUGUUCGCCUUUCGAGUGAUGAAGGUUAUGAUUUUGGAAUUAAUGUGUGAAGGAAAUAAUUGUUAAGCGAACAUGAUUCUUAUAUGCGCGGAUUGGAAAGACAGUGAACAAAUAUUCAAAUAAACUAUCGUCUUACUCUUUUCUCGUGACAGUUUUCGAGAAUCGUGAUGAGUGAUCCUGUUGUUAUGGAUACGAAUGAUUUGGAAACUGAAAAGACGCGUGAAAAUACAGCAGCAGAAGAAGAAAACCUCCCCAAUCUGACACCAAAUGUUGGAGAAGUUGAAGAAAAUAUGACACAUUUCACCUUAGAAAUGGAUGAAUCUUUUCUUGUGGAUGAAUCUUACAUGAUAAAUGAGGAUUUUCCUGGAACAUCUGAUGAACCUUAUGAGUUUGCAGAGGAAAAAUUGGACAUAGAUCAUGGAGAAUUUGCAGAGGAAAUGGACUACACUGAAGAGAUAAGACCACUUGAGAUGCACUCUUCUAAGGUCUCAGAGCAAGAGGUGCCAUCAGACAAUGCCGUGCAGGCAAGGAGUACAGCUCAAGAAGCGAUUAUAUCAGAAACUGAGGUGCAGCAGUCAGUUCCUGGUUCUACACAAUCAGUGCCUGUAACGUCUCUUCCAAAUGUAUCAAAAGAGCCCACUUAUAAGAUGACAGCUCAUAUUAGUCGUGUAAGUCAAGGAAUGGUAGGAUCUGCCUCAACUUCAGCUAAUGCUCUACACAGUACUUCAAAUUUGCGACAGUUGUACAUGUUGCAAAAAAUGAUGAAUAUGCGCCAAGUGGGUAUUCUGCAGCAAAGAAUGAAUGUGCCUAACUUAGGCUCAUCCAAUCUGAGAAUGAUGCAUAACAUAACAGGAGCAUCACAGUUAUCUCUUAAUCAACAACAAAUGAACUUCUUGCGGUUAGGAGUUCCAAGGCUGCGUGGGCUGCCAGUUGGAUGGGUACAAAAUAGAAUGGGUUCACCCAGAGUUCAUUUACAAGCACAGAGGUCACAGCUCAAUUUGAGAUUUCCGCAACCAGAUUUGUUACGUGUAGGCAUGUUACAAGGUGCAAGAAGCAUUCCCCCAAUACAUACCCAAACAUCUACUUUAAAUAAGCAACAACAGCUGCAGCAGCAACAGCAACAAAAGCUAUUGCAACUGGAACUACAACAGCAGCAACUUCAAAAGCAGCAGCAACAAUUACAAUUGCAACUUCAGCAGCAACAGAAUCAGCUACAGCUACAACAUCAACAGCAGCAGCCAUUAAUGCAGCAAGGACAAGCCUUACAAGCUCAAUUAAAUAUAUUGAGAAACAUCAGAGCUCAGUCUUUGACAGCAAAUACAAUGCCCCUAGGUGUGCCACAAGGUGUAAAUGCAUCACCAAUAAACAUUUCUCAGAAUGUAGCCCAAGGGAGGACAUCAUCUGGAUGUUCAACUUCGUCUCAGCAACGUCAGCUGCCUGCAGUCACUGUGCAACCAGCAAAACUUCAACCAAAUGUUUUAAAUGUUCAGCAGAGAAUGAAUGUGAAUCCAUUGGUCCCAGAUAUCUCUCAGUUAAGUGUUAAUACUGCACACAGUGCUAAAAGUACAACACAGCUGAUUGGAAAUAGGCUGCAGGUAAGGGUGCCCCAAAUACCAUCAAAUAUUUUGCAACUGAGAGCACCCCAGCCUGGAAGCAUGCCACAUUUACAGAUGCAACAAUUAGUUGCUAAAGCUCAACAACUUGCUAGGAAUGUAGCACAGUUAAAUCCUCCAAGACCAGCUGCAAACAUGCUACAGGUUGGCACAUCACAGCUUUCAUCUAAUGUACCCACAGUUGGAAUACCUCAAGUAGUAUCAAAUGUGCCUCGUCUGAAUAUUCCAUCACUAGGAACAAACAUACCACAAAUUCUGAGAAAUGUGCAACAGCUAUGUCUUCAGCAACAAGCUACAAAUACUUCGCAGUUACAUAUGCGACAACUUUCUGGAAACAUUUCAUCAUUGUGUGCGCCUCAAAGUCCAGCUUCAAACCUAUCAAGUUUCAAUGUGCCCCUGCUGACAACAAAUGUUCCUCCAUUGACAUUAUCCCAGCAAUCAAGUGGACCACGUUUGGGAAUCCCACUUCCACCAACUAGUGUUCCAAAUUUAGGAUUGCGGGCAGGAAUGUCAAAUUUGACACAAAUAAACAUUCAUCAAUCCGCUUCUAAUGUAUCGCACCUGAAUUUGCAACCAAACGUGAGACCAUCUGCCCCACAAAUAGGUAUCCCUGAAUUGCUCAUGAAUCUCCCCCAAGCUACAAAUGUACCACAGAUGAGAACCACUGGAAGUGUUCUUCACCUUGGUGAAAGGUAUCAAAAGACAGCAGCUCCUCGAUACGAACGACUUCAGCGAUUAGAGGUUGAAGAGAAACAACAAAUACUUCCAAGGAGAGAGGAGGAACCACAAGAUGCUGGUGCCCAACAAAAAGUAACAGGUGUGACCCAGCAACAGUCAGGUGUUCUCCAGCAAUCUGUGAAUUCUUCUCAACAGUCAGCAAGUGCUCCCCAAGCUGUUGACGGGCAGAAGCGCAUAGCUUCUCAAUCAGAGAAAGAAUUUCUCAAAGGGGAGCUGGAGAAAAAAGAGGCAGCUAUUUUGAAGCGUAUUCAGAAGAGACGAGUGAGACAACAGUUAGCUCUUCUGAACUUAUGGAAGCGAUAUGAAAGAUAUCGUGUUGCAAGGGGCACCUAUGGAAUGAAAAGGAAAAAAAUUCAACAUCUUGGACUUCUGAAAACAGAUUUUAAUGCUUUAACUUUGAUUCUGGCAAAAUUAAACAUCGCCAAAAAAUUUUCCAAAAACAACAUUGCAAAACAUCACAGUUUUAAAUUACAUUUUAAAUAUAUUAUAUCUGAAGUCAAUAAGAAAAUGUAUGAUGAAUUUGAAUUGAUAUCUAGGAUUUUCAUAUCUACUGGCAUUAUUUGUAUGCAACAUUUUAUGUUCAGGAAGUUAGAAGGAUGUCUGAAAAUUGAUAAUCAUUGUGCCAAACUUUUUGGUGUAAUCAUAAAAAUAGUUAAAGGUGGUGUAAAAUUAGGUAAUUGUUCCUGUACAUUUAGUGCAUUAAAAGAACAAAAAAAAAAAAAUGUGGAAAGCACAUUAAAAAAAUAUUUACUGUCUUGCAUUUUUAACACUGUUGUAAAAAAUGUGAGAAAAAAGUGCACAAACAAGAAAACUGCUCAAAGCUUCUCAAAUUGUGAUAGUGUAAUUUUGAAACUUCUUGAUUCAGUUUGUGAA